UUUGACAAUUUUCUAUUGUGUUUUGUGCAGGUGUUCUCUUACAUUACAUACAUAAAAUUAUGAUUUCAUAGAAUAUUCUUAUGGUUAAACGCCAAGUCUACUUAAAAUGUUUAUAGAAGAUAUUAGAAAUGAUUUUUAUAACGUUCUUCUGGGAAACAGAGUGCUUCUGCUAGUUCAUUACGAUGUUGACGCAGUUUGCGCCUGUAAGAUAUUGCAAGAUUUGUUCAAGUGCGAUAAUAUUUCCUAUACAUUAGUCCCCGUGGGGGGUAUAUCGGAUCUUAAGACUGCCUAUGACGAAAACAAUGAGGAAAUAAAAUAUGUAGUGCUGGUGAACUGUGGUGGAACCAUAGACCUGGUGGAUAUACUUCAGCCAGAAGAAGAUGUCGUUUUCUUUGUUCUUGAUUCACAUAAACCAACAGAUAUUUGCAAUGUUUAUAGUGACGGACAGGUGAGACUCAUCUAUAAGGAUGAUGAAGAAAACAUUCCAAACUUUGAUGAUAUAUUUAGAGAUGAUGAAGAGGAUGAAGCUGAAUUUGAGUCAGAAGGUCGAGAAGGUAUUGAAGCUGUGGUAGAGCGGCGUCGCGCUCGGAAGGCUUGGGAAGAGAGGCGGCAUACACUCAUGUUUAACUACACACAGUUCUCUUAUUAUGGCAAACCAAGCGCAUGCGUAGCCUUAGAGAUAGCGGCACGUGCGUCGCGCUGCACAGCGGCGACACUGUGGAGCGCAGCCGUGGCUGCGGCGGCGCACGAGGCGUUGCACUACCGCUCGCCCGCUCGCUGUCUGCUGGACGCGGAGCCGCUGCAUCGCUACGUGGCGGCCGCUCAGAGACACGCCGCUGACGACGACGCACAUCGUGUGGCACGUGUGAUAGUGGAGAAGGACGCGUGGUUGCCGCUGUAUCGCUGGUGGUCGUUGGAGGCCGCGCUGAGUCACGCGGGCGCGCUAGCGCCGCACCUGCGCUUGCACGCACGCUCGGGAGCCGUGCGUCUGCGUCAGCUUCUGGCCGACAUGGGAUUUCCAUUGCAACAGGCUCGUCAAGCAUACCGAUCUAUGGAUGUAGAGCUCCGGAGAUCUCUCCUCACAGCGCUAGAGUCGGCGGCUCCCAAGCACAAGCUGCCGGUACCGACGCGCGCCACGUUCCUGCUGCAGCGCCCCCACGCGCCGCCCGUCGCCGCUUUGGACACGGUCUACGCGAUUAUGGCACUCAUUGAACAUGAGACUAUCCCUAGUGCAGAAGGUUUUCAACAUGCUCUUGCAGCCCUUCAAGUAUCUGGAGAAAAUGAAGCCUUAAAGCAAGGAACGGCAGCAGCUCGGCGAGCAUUGGAAGCCGUAGCCAGACUAGCUAACAGUAUAUUGUCUUCUAGAGGGCUGAUGUUGGCUGGACCUUUCAACUAUUUUAUUGUGCAAGAGGGCAGUCCCGAGGCGGGAUCGCUUCGCGGGCCGCUGUGGCUGCGAGAGGCGGCGCGCUGGGUGUCGCGCGCGGCGCCGGGCGCUCCCCGCGCACUGCUCGCCUCCGCACCGCACGCAGCCGCCAACUGUCUGCUGCUCGGCUUGCCACCGCGCUUCGACCACGAACCGCGCAAUUUAUUUGGUGCGGCGUUCGAACAAGCGGCAACUAAGAGCGGAGCAUCAGUUUCGCUAGAUCACGUGGACUCGUCCAUCAUCACGCUGCCUGUAACUCAACGAGCACAAUUCCUAGACGCCCUCACGGCACUACUCGCUUGACAAUGGCUACCAACUAACUACAUAAAUUUAAAUGAAACAAGUCAUGGUUUUGAACUAAAUACCGCCUAUAUAGCAUUAUAUACAGUUACACCAUUCUACCUAAAACAAAACACAUAUCCCUUAGACCUAACAAAUAUAUUAAUAUUCUAAUCAUACAAACAACUUUUUUAAAGGCUUAAUAUUGGGAUUAGGAUAAUUAAUUUGAAAAGUACAAGGAUAUUACACCAAUUUUUCCCUAAAAUAAUACUCUUAAAUUACUCAUUUAUAUACAGAUAAUGAAAUGUGUUGAAUGAAAAAAAUAUGAAUAUAUAUGAGCAGAUAUUGAGUUGAACUUGUAUGAUUGUUGUAAAACCUUAAUAAUAUAUUGUAAAAUCCCAAUGCCGAGGUUAUAAUAUUACUAUUAUUAAUUAAUGAAAUCUAAUGUCUAUAGUAGAAUUUUUAAGUUUUAGUUAAGUUAGAUAAUCAUAAUUGUAAUCUAAUUUAAUUAUUAAUUGAAUUGACCUUAAG